AUGCUUUUAACGAUACUUGCUCGAAUGUCAAAUGAUGAACAACGUUUACAAUUAUUACAAACACUUCGAAAUAAAUUAUCUAAUUAUAAUCUUGAUUGGUUAGAUAUACGAAAUAUUCUUAAUUUAUUUUCUGAGAAAAAUCAAAUACGUUUUAAGAUUUUACAAUUGAUUCUUUUAUAUAAAAAGAAUUUUAUAAAUAAACUUUCGAUUAAUGAUUAUAUUGAUCUAUCUAAUCAAUGUACAAAUAAUAAUGAACAAUUAAAAAUUCAAUUAUUUGAACAAAUUUAUGAGAAAUUAAAUAUUCAGAAUAAAAAUGAUGUAGAGAAUAUUAUUAAUUUAUUUCAUACAGUAAAUAUAAAACAAAAAAUAGAAGCUAUGAUUCGAUUUGAAGAUAAAUACGAAGAAAUUAAUGGUCUAUCUACUUUACAUCCAGAAGAAAUUAUGGUGAAUAAUAUUCUUUCACCAACAAUGUCAUCGAUUGAAGAAUUAUCUCUUGCACCAUUGAAACGUAAACAUUCAUUUGAUAAUGAAUAUCAAGAUCAAUCAUGUCAUCAAAUAAUUACACCAUUAUUAAUUCAACAGCAAGAUGAAUUUAUUCAACAACAAGAUUUACUAACAUCAAUUUCUAUUAGUUCAUCAAAUUCGUCAUUUUCAUCGUCGUCAGCAAGUGAUGAAAAUAUACCUAUACGUACACGUUCAUUCAUGAUUGCUAUUAAGAAUACAUUUGAACGUUUAAAAGAAACAUCAAGUUGA